UUUCCAGCCAAGUUGGACGGGGUGAAGACGUACAUGCGCCUCCGCCGGGUGCCGAACCACCUGCAGGGGAAGGUGGUCCGGUGGUUCGACUACCUCUGGCUCACCCACAAGUCGUCGGACGAGGAGCGAGCCGUCAGUUGCCUUCCAGACAAGUUGAAGGCGGAAAUCGCGAUCCACGUCCACCUGGACACGCUGAAGCGGGUGGAGAUCUUCCAGAACACAGAGGCCGGGUUCCUCUGCGAGCUCGUCCUGCGCCUUCGACCCGUCCUCUUCUCGCCGGGCGACUACAUCUGUCGCAAAGGUCGGUCGGCCUGCGACGAGGCAUUUAAAUCGUCUCAUGAAUAA